UUGUGACGUAGCCGGUGAACUCACUUCCCGGAAGCGAAACGCUCCCAACACGGAAGUGACUGAAAGAAAACAAAUAGUCGUUUUUUUAAAGAUUGUCGGGAAGGAAACCUUUUUUUGGGCGUCUGACUUUUUGUGCUGGUUCGACGAGCUUGAAACAAGAUGGACUUCCUGUUUGGGAAGCGAAAGACCCCUGAAGAGUUGCUGAAGCAGAACCAGAGGGCGCUCACUCGGGCCAUGAGGGAGUUGGACCGAGAGAGAAGCAAACUGGAGCAGCAGGAGAAGAAGAUUAUCGCCGACAUCAAGAAAAUGGCCAAGCAGGGUCAGAUGGACGCCGUCAAGAUCAUGGCCAAGGACUUGGUGCGCACAAGACGCUACGUGAAGAAGUUCAUCAUGAUGAAGGCCAACAUCCAGGCCGUCAGCCUGAAGAUCCAGACCCUCAAGUCCAACAACAGCAUGGCGCAGGCGAUGAAGGGCGUCACCAAAGCCAUGGCCACCAUGAACAGACAGCUCAAACUGCCUCAGAUCCAGAAGAUCAUGAUGGAGUUUGAGCGCCAGAGCGAGAUCAUGGACAUGAAGGAGGAGAUGAUGAACGACGCCAUCGACGACGCCAUGGGGGACGAAGACGACGAGGACGAGAGUGACGCCAUCGUGUCCCAGGUCCUGGACGAGCUCGGUCUCACGCUCAGCGACGAACUCUCAAAUCUCCCGUCGACCGGUGGAAAUCUCUCUUUGGCCGGAGGGAAGAAGGCGGAGCCUCAGGCAGCCCUCGCCGACGCGGACGCAGAUCUGGAGGAGCGACUCAAUAACCUGCGCAAAGACUGAAGACUCUCUUAGUCCUGUCUGUGUCCUUCUGAGGUAACACGGACUGCUGUGGUGGUGUUUGGCUUUCUUUCUGAGGCGUCUCAUUCAAUACACGGUAUUUCCAACUAACACUAAUUAUCCCUGUAAAUGUCACACGCCAGGGUUUUAUAUAUAUGAUUGAUUUCCAAAGAUGCCCGACUUGUGUGCACGUCGUCACGGGAAGGUUGACGUAUUUUAAACUGGAGCUGUCACUUCUCCAUCUCUCCUUUUCCACAUAAACAUGUCGCCAGUGUAUACUUCAAAAGAUGGAAAGCUGUUCGUGUUUUUGUUUAAAUAAUAAACCUUUUUUUUUUCCAAAUCCA